AUGUCCCCCAGGAAGUGCCAUGCCCGAUCUGCUGGUUCUGGAGGCGGACCUUCACCGUGUCGAAUGGGAAGCCGGUCACAAUGCCGGCGGAGCCGGCGGAGCAGCCUGCGAUGUAGCUCGCGACGGGGCUCAAUUGCCGUGCAUCCUGUACCGUCAUGA